AUGAGCCGUACAUCAUUCAAUCCAGAAUCCAGAGCACGUACGCCUAGCCGCAAAGCCCGGCGCAGAUCGGCACCAACCCCUCGUUUCCAGCGGUCGUAUGACCCAGAGGAACCAUUUGACGAAACAAGCACCGAGCGAAGAAUCCAGUUCACUCCGUUGCGUCAGAUUUUGGAUACACGUACCCAGAGGAGAAUUCGGCGCAUUGGAUUGAGCGAUGAGAUCAAUCACAUUGAGCGUGAAAAGCGCGAGGCAAGCAAUAUGGAAAAGACUAUGCGAGCUUUGCUUCAGGAACGUGAUUCUUUGAAGAAUGAGCUCAUGGCCAUGAAACGAGAUGGACUGGACUUCGACCACCAAGCGUCACUGGCUGAGCCUUAUUGGAUGGCACCCGCAACACCCAGAUCUUGCGAGGAAUUACCAAUGGCUUCCACUUGUAGCAUCAAUAAUGAUGCUACCUCUAUGAGUGGAGAUGAAGCAACAUGCAUGUUUAGCGACAGUGCUGUCAUUGUAUCCAGCUCUCCUGAUUUCCGUGGCACUCGAAGUCAUAAUCGACCGAUUACUGAUAGCUUGAUGCUAUUAGACGAACCACAAACACCGAUAUCCGUUACUCGAAUGCGACCUUCAGCCAAUACAGAAGCAUCUGAUAUACAUUCAUUGGAACUGGAUCUAGAAGCUGCCAGGCGAGAAAAGAGGAAUCUAUUCGAUGCAUGUCGAUCACGCAUCUCCGGGUUCAAUGAACCUACAAUCAAUAGCAUUUUCCGCCAGUCAUCUCCACCAUCGGAUUUCUUCGACAACAUCAUAGACAUUUUGGAGAAUGCCCUAUUACGUGCUUCAAGUGCCGCCAAGGCUCUUGAAGAUGCCACCCAAGAAUGCUCCAGUUUGGGAUUCUCGGGGGAGGGCGUCGAUGAUGUAAUCUCUGACAUGCGGACGCACUUCCGGUCGGCACGACUUGAGCUUGAACGUGCUCUGCCCGGUGAAACUGCCAACGUCAGUCUUGAGGACGGGAAGGCCACCCUAGGUGCGCUGGUGAGGCGUGUCGAGUCAUUGGCGAAGGAUUUGGGGACAGAGCGCCAUUACCACCACGGCUCCCUCAGCCGAGAAAAAGCCCUGCGGAAACAAUUUGACGCUUUACUACACAAAUAUGAGACAGCCGCAAGUAAGAUUGACAGACUUGAGAACUCGAUCGCAUCUUCUGCUAGUGAUAUGCUCCACACUCGGGUGCGAAUGCAAACCCUCGAGAGCGAAGGCCAAGAGCAGGCCAUUGGGAUUGACAGAUUGAAUACCGCGCUCGACAAAUACCAUGAUGAAGUGAACGAUCUUGAAACACUUAUUGACAACCUUGAAAAGAAGAACACAGCUACAAAGGAAGACUACGCUCGGCAGAUAUCCAAGCUUAAGAAGCAAGUGGCCUAUGAACGUUCAAAACUCUGUUCAGCCAAAGCUUCUGCUGCUGCAACUGAUGCUCGCAUCCGGGAGUUGGAAGAAACAGUCAAGAGUAAUCAGAUUCGAGCUUGCGACUUGAUGGCUCAAGUGGAGCUACUUGAGAAAGAACAUGGCAGAACUAUCGAGACUCUUGAGCGGAAUAAUAGUCAACUUCAAAACCACGAAGCAGAGACUGGCACUCUCAAUGUUCGCAUCUCAGACCUCACCACUUCAUUGCAUGACGCCAAAUGUGAGAUACAGCGUCUCCACAACCUCAAUACCGGCCUUGAAGGGCAACUUCAGCAAGAAGUCGAAGCUCGCAGUGAGCUUCUGGACAAGUGGACUGCAGAUCAAGAGCGAUCGUUUGCCUAUAUGAAGGAGACUAUAAACCUGGAGCGCCGGAGAGCCAAGGUUCGCGCAGCCAAUUGGGAAUUGAGAUCGGACGAUCUCAUGUCAGAUGGGGCCAGUACAAUAGGAGGCGAAAGCGAGCCCAUAACUCCCGUCAGCAACGCACGUUUUGUGAAUGUCGAAGUCGGGCGGGGCAAGCAACGCCGAGUGGAUAGUGGUAUCGGGAUUCUGACUGAGGAACUCCUGAAGAGCAAUAAGUAA